AUGGCACCAAGCAUCGAGGCCGUUUCAGCUCCAGCUGUUCCUGCCGAAAAGAUCUCGAGUCUGGUUCAGCUCACCCAGGACUAUCACGAUACCAUCCGCUUCUAUCUCAAUGGGACCAGAGUUGUGCUGGACGAGGUCGACCCCGAGCUGACCCUGCUGGAGUAUCUCAGAGGCGUUGGCUUGACAGGCACAAAACUGGGCUGUGCGGAGGGAGGCUGCGGCGCAUGUACCGUGGUCAUCUCGCAGAUCAACCCGACUACUGGGAAGAUAUACCAUGCCUCUGUCAACGCCUGCCUUGCACCCGUCGUCAGCGUUGACGGAAAACAUGUCAUAACCGUCGAGGGGAUUGGCGAUGUCAAGAGCCCUCAUGCCACUCAGCAGCGAAUGGCUGUCGGAAACGGCAGUCAAUGUGGUUUUUGCACUCCAGGUAUCGUAAUGAGCAUGUAUGCCUUGCUUCGCAACAACCCGGAACCAUCGACGCACGACGUCGAGGAGGCUUUUGACGGGAAUCUCUGCCGUUGUACCGGUUAUCGACCCAUCCUAGACGCUGCGCACAGCUUCACGGCUGCUGGUGGUUGCAAUAAUGCGCAAGUGAACGGGGGUACAGGAUGCUGCAUGGAAAAGCAGAAUGGAGCGAACGGUUGUUGCAAGUCCAAUGGGGUGGCAAACGGGACGUCUAAUGGGGCCGACGAAGUCACAAAACAGCUUCCGAGGCCAGAUUUCAUUCCUUAUAGCCCUGAGACCGAGCUCAUUUUCCCACCGGCACUCAGAAAGCACGAGUUCAAAGCCCUCGCGGUGGGCAACAAGAAGAAGAAAUGGUAUCGACCGGUGACGCUCCAGCAACUUUUAGAGAUAAAAAAUACCUAUCCAUCUGCAAAAAUUAUUGGCGGCAGCACGGAGACACAGAUCGAAGUCAAAUUCAAAGCAAUGCGCUACGACCCAUCCGUAUACGUGGGCGAUAUUACCGAGUUACGGCAGUACACCUUGAACGACGACCAUCUCGAGCUAGGAGCAAAUGUAUCCUUGACAGACUUGGAAAAUAUAUGUGAUGAGGCUGUGAAGAAGUACGGGGAGCAUCGAGGCCAGCCAUUUGUGGCUAUCAAGAAGCAGCUGCGUUAUUUUGCUGGUCGCCAGAUUCGAAAUGUAGCAUCGCCCGCUGGAAACCUGGCGACCGCUUCUCCAAUAUCCGAUUUGAAUCCUGUUUUCGUCGCCUCGAAUACUGUGCUGGUUGCAAAAUCUCUGACGCAAGAAACAGAGAUUCCAAUGACCCAGUUCUUCAAGGGCUACCGAACGACUGCCCUUCCGGCAGAUGCCAUCAUUGCCAGCUUGCGUGUUCCAGUCGCCCAAAAGGGUGAAUAUUUUAGGGCAUACAAACAGUCUAAGCGAAAGGACGAUGAUAUUGCAAUCGUCAACGCUGCUUUGAGAGUCUCCCUCUCAGAAACAGACGAUGUACUGAGUGCUAAUUUUGUCUACGGCGGCAUGGCAGCAAUGACAGUGCCGGCGCAAAACGCGGAGCAAUACAUCAUUGGCAAGAAAUUUUCAGACCCAGCAACAUUGGAAGGGGUCAUGAACGCUUUGGAAAAGGACUUUGAUUUACGUUUUGGCGUGCCAGGAGGCAUGGCGACAUACCGCAAGACAUUGGCAUUGGGCUUCUUCUAUCGCUUUUACCAUGAGAUCAUGUCCACUUUGAAUGUGGCCGAAAACGACAAUUACCAGGAUAUUACUGAUGAGAUUGAGAGGAACAUCUCAACAGGACACAAGGACCACUACGCGUCCGAUGCUUACCGGCAAGAGGUCGUAGGAAAAUCCGGAAAUCACCUUUCGGCCCUGAAACAAUGCACCGGGGAGGCUCAGUACACAGACGACAUCCCCGUACAGAAGAACGAGCUGUAUGGGUGUCUAGUACUUUCUACAAAAGCCCGGGCAAAGAUAUUAAGCGUGGACGCCGAGGCAGCCCUCGACAUACCUGGUGUGUUCGACUACAUUGAUCACCGAGAUCUCCCAUCACCAGCAGCGAAUUGGUGGGGUGCCCCAAACAGUGACGAGCAAUUCUUUGCUGUCGAUGAUGUCUUCACGGCAGGCCAACCCAUUGGCAUGAUCGUUGCUACCUCUGCGAAGAUUGCAGAGCAGGGCUCACGGGCAGUCAAGGUCGAUUACGAAGAAAUGCCGGCUAUCCUUACGAUUGAAGAAGCAAUUGAAGCAGAUUCAUACUUUAACCACUUUAGACACAUUAAAAAUGGUGAUAUCGAGGUAGGAUUCAAAGAAGCUGAUCACAUCUUUACCGGCGUGUCGAGAAUGGGUGGCCAGGAACAUUUCUACUUGGAGACUCAGGCCUGUGUUGUGGUUCCCAAGCCUGAAGAUGGAGAAAUGGAGGUGUUUAGCUGCACUCAAAACCCUACAGAGACACAAACGUACGUUGCGCAAGUGACUGGCGUUGCUGCAAACAAAGUUGUCACCCGAGUCAAGAGACUUGGUGGAGGCUUUGGUGGAAAAGAAACUCGGUCAAUCCAGCUUGCUGGAAUCUGUGCCGCAGCUGCCCACAAGACAAGGAGGCCAGUUAGAUGUAUGCUUAACCGAGACGAAGACAUCAUAACUUCUGGUCAGCGCCACCCAUUUCUUUGCCGAUGGAAAGUCGGGACUACUAAAGAAGGAAAACUUGUCGCCUUUGACGCCGAUGUAUUUGCAAAUGCUGGUCACACCCAAGAUUUAUCUGGUGCUGUAGUGGAAAGAGCUCUUUCUCACAUCGAUGGGGUCUACAACAUACCGAAUAUCCAUGUGAGAGGAUGGGCUUGCAAAACCAACACUGUGUCAAACACGGCUUUCCGAGGAUUCGGUGGUCCCCAGGGAAUGUUCAUGUGUGAAACUAUGAUGGAAGAAGUUGCUGAUCAUCUUGGGAUGUCUUCGGAUGCAUUGCGUGAGUUGAACAUGUACAAACCCGGGGAUAAGACACACUUCAACCAGGAGUUGAAGGAUUUCUUUGUGCCUCUCAUGUAUAAACAGGUCAAAGAGGAGAGCUCGUACAUGGAACGACGGCAGGCCGUGGACGAGUAUAAUCGGACGCAUAAGUGGUCGAAACGUGGUUUGGCCCUUAUUCCAACUAAAUUCGGUAUCUCAUUCACAGCUCUAUUCUUGAACCAGGCUGGAGCCUUGGUGCACAUCUAUCACGAUGGGAGUGUUUUGGUUGCUCAUGGGGGUACUGAAAUGGGCCAAGGUCUUCAUACAAAGAUGUGUAUGGUUGCAGCGCAAGCGUUGCAAGUGCCUCUCUCAGACGUCCAUAUUUCCGAGACAGGGACGAAUACAGUGGUCAACACAUCUUCCACCGCAGCAUCUGCUAGUUCAGAUUUGAACGGCUACGCUAUUUUCAACGCCUGUGAGCAAAUCAACGAGCGCCUUCAGCCGUAUCGCGAAAAGAUGCCGAAUGCGACUAUGAAGGAGCUCGCGCAUGCUGCAUAUUUUGAUCGUAUCAAUCUAUCAGCUAAUGGCUUCUAUCGCACGCCAGAUAUUGGAUAUGUCUGGGGAGAGAAUAAAGGACAAAUGUUCUACUAUUUCACCCAGGGCGUGGCAGCUGCAGAAGUGCAGAUAGACACGUUAACCGGAGACUGGACUCCACUGAGAGCCGACAUCAAGAUGGACGUGGGCCGCAGCAUCAACCCGGCCAUCGAUUAUGGCCAGAUUGAAGGUGCCUUUAUCCAGGGCCAGGGCCUUUUCACGACCGAGGAGAGUCUCUGGCACCGCGGUUCCGGACAAAUCUUCACCAAGGGGCCCGGCGCGUACAAGAUCCCUGGGUUCCGAGAUAUCCCACAGAUCUUCAACGUGUCGUUGCUCAAGGACGUCAACUGGGAAAAUCUGCGAACCAUCCAGCGAUCGCGCGGUGUCGGCGAACCGCCGCUCUUUAUGGGCAGCGCCGUCUUUUUCGCAAUUCGUGACGCUCUCAAAUCGGCCAGAGCGCAAUGGGGCGUGACGGAUGUCUUGGAGCUGCAAAGCCCUGCGACUCCGGAGCGUAUCAGGGUCAGUUGUGCAGAUCCUAUUGUGGAGAGGGCUAGAGUUCAUCCGAGGGAGGGAGAGAAGAGCUUUUUCGUUGCUAUUUAG